AUGGCAGCACCAGAGCAACAACCCUCGAAGCCCGUUAUCCCUGACGUUCUCGUUCCUCUCCUACAACGCACAGAGGCCGAUCCUCGACCUAUUGUGGUCAUGACCUGUGGCAUAGCAGGAGCGGGCAAAUCAACACUCGCGAAAGCCAUCGCCGCCUCACCGCACAACUUCACACGACUCUCAAUCGACAAUAUCCUCUUCUCCCGCCACGGGCUCUACGGGACCGACUACCCACCAUCCCUGCUCGCGACCUACCAAGACGAAGCGGACUCUAUCUUCCACUCGGAAACAAAGAGCCAGCUCCUCGAGAAGAUCAACCUCGUGCUCGACCGCGCAUUCUACGCCAAAGCCGACCGCGACGAGUACCGAUCCCUCGCGGAGCAAGCGGGUGCACGUGUCGUACUAGUCUUCCUCGAGGCAAGUAGAGAUGUGCUCUGGCGGCGCAUUCAACAGCGGAAGGCCGCCGGGAGGGAUGCCGAUUCCGCGCUGGAGAUCCCGGAGGAGCUGCUGGAUAGCUAUCUUGCUGGGUUUGAGAGGCCGGUGGGGGAGGGCGAGGUUGUUCUGCAGGUUGCGUGA